GUUCAUACAUUCAGUUGAACUAAAUUUUGACAAAACAUUUAAUUGUUAUAUAUCUCGAUCACAACAAGAGAUGGUUAACAAUAAUAAGUCAUCAUUUGAUCGCUUUGGCGAUGAUUUGGCAGAACUUAUACUAAGAUAUCAAUCACUUGAAGAUCAGUUACGUUUAGAGUGUGUAUCCAAACAGUUCCAGUCGUGUGGUAUUCAACACAGGACUCACAUAAUAGUCACUUACGAUAUUAAAAUGAAACUGAAAAUUGAGAGAAAAUUUUUGACUAAAAAAUACUUAAACACCAAAAACUGGUCGUCGCUGAUGAAGAAGUGUCCAAAUGUUCGUUCAGUUGAUAUCCUGUCGACAGGUAUACGACAAAAACAUUUCAUACGAGCCAUACAUCUGUUUCGUAGACAUUGGCCACAACUGCGACAAAUUGAUUGCAAUAUAUUUGAAAUGUCCAAAAAAGAUAUCAAAUUCAUGUGCAAAAUGUUUCCCAAAAUGAUAACACAAUUAUUUUUCUGCGAAAUCAAUCAAAUAAAUCUAAUUAAACCGUUUAUCUCAUCGAUGACUAAUCUUCAGAGACUAUGGAUCAACAAAAUAGACGACAUCUUUAUCGGUGAUCAGCUGAUGGUCAAAGAUUUACGUCAACUCAGCUGUAAUUGUUCUGAUACUAUGUUGACUCAUUUCAAGACAUUCAUCGACGGUAACAGUGGUCUAACAAGUAUUAAAUUGCUUAGCAAUUCUACGGAUACCUCGACUACUAUUGUCGAUGUCCUGUCACUUAUCGGGCGAUUACAAGGAUUGCAACGCUUGGAGUUAGCAUUUAUAUCAACUGUUAACUACUCGAUAGUCAAGCCAUUGAUUUCAAUUGCCAACAGUUGUCGGCGACUAAAAGUUUUAAAAUUACAUCUAAGAGUGGAUUCAUUGGCCGCUUAUAUAGAGACAUACAGUGCCAUCAAACACAUGAAACAAUUGAAACGAUUGGAUUUAAAUAUCUAUUAUACCAACAAUGAUAAUAAUGAUGUUGUUAUUGAUCCGACAGUCUAUGCAUCCCUACAACCGGUCAACUGUUGGCCACAAUUGACACAUUUGACACUUCGGUUAUCACAUAUUAAUUGCCAAUUCUUUACUGGUCUACACCGAAAUCUACCGAAACUUCAAAAUCUAUACAUUUCUCAAUUGUCAGAUGUAUUUGACAGCAUAUAUAUGUCAUAUCUGUCUGAACUCAAAUCACUGAUGAGAUUAUCAGUUGUCACUAAAAAUGAUUUCUCUAUCAAUCAGUCGGAUGUCCGCCAAAUGGUCAACGUUUGCCGCAAAUUGAAUAAAUUGUUUAUAUAUUUAAAUAAUGAAAAAGUUGUUGACUUGAGUUACGAUGAAAAAACAAUACAUUUAUUGAGAGGAUAACAACUAAACUAAUUAUAUGACAAAUUCAAUAGAUUUUAGUCUUUUAAGUUAUAAUUAAUAACUAAAUU